AUGCGGGGUAUCAUCCAACCCAACCCUAAGUCCAAAGAUCUCAUACUCACCUCACUCCCGCUGCCGACCAUCAAUCCAUCCCUAGGAGAGCAUCUCAUACGUGUCAAGGCAUGCGCCCCUUGUGCUGGAGAACUCCUUUGGCCAAACAACUUCCCUCCGCCAACCCCGCGUGAGUUAAUUCCUUGUCCCGACGUCGCGGGAACAAUUAUCUCCGGACCGGAGGAUUCGCCAUUCCAGCCUGGCGACGAGGUCUACGCGCGUACAAACUAUAAUCGUCCUAGUAAUGCUCGCGAUUUCACUAUCGGUGUCACCGAUGAAUUGGCCCACAAGCCUAAAAGUCUGAGUUGGAUUGAAGCCGCCGCAAUACCAGUGUCUGCCGAGACUGCGUGGCAGAUUCUAUUUAUUCAUGCAGGAAUAGCCGGUGAUGGGGAAGCAGACUUCGCUACGGCUCAGGAGGCAUGGAAAGGGAAGAGAGUGCUCGUUACUGCUGCGUCAGGCGGCGUUGGGAUGUGGGUGGUGCAGUUGGCUACCCUGCUCGGCGCGGAGGUUAUAGGGACAUGUGGUGCUGCGAAUGUUACGCUCGUACAGUCUCUCGGCGCGAAGGAGGUACUCGAUUAUCGGCGUACUAGUCUUCGCGAGUGGGCAGAGCAGCCGGGAAAGAAAGUGGACGUCGUGAUUGAUUGUAUUGGGCGCCAGUCUCUUGAGGAUGCAUGGUGGACUAUUCGCGAUGGAGGAGCCGUGCUUAGUAUCUUUCAGCCACCGAAACAGGUUUGCCCCGAAGGCUAUAAGGGAACUGGAGUGAAGGACGUGUUUUUCGUGAUGGAACCCGUGAGAAGACACUUGGAGGAGAUUACGAAGCUGGUUGAGCUCGGCAAAUGUCACGGCAUGGUGGAUAGUGUGUGGCCCUUGGAGCAGUAUCAAGAGGCAUUCAAGAGGUUGGAUGAAGGACAUGCAAGAGGAAAAAUUAUAUUCGACCUGUCGCUGAAUAAUUAG